GUGGUUUCGGCUGCAAUAGAGAGAGUUGUUAUACUUGCAUGGCCGCAGCAGGGGCAGAGGGGUGGCCAAUUAGUAUGCCGUUCCGGCGGAUGUGGCAGUCGGUUGCUCGUCGACAACUCCUCGAAUGCAAACAGUAGAAUCGUCACGAAAUCGCACAAAUAUUGUAGAAUCCAUGCGCGUCGAGGGCGUCGUCGGCAUCUUUGUCGGCGGCGGCGGCGGCGGCGAUGGCAGCGGAGGUGCAGUACACGAAUCGGACGCAUUGUGAGCGCGCGCGUGCUCGCACACCACUCGCCACCCCCGCGUCGCGAAUCCAGCGACUCCCGAUUCAGUCCAGAGUCUCCCGGCUUGCUCGACGGAGGCGGCGCGCAUCCACCACGCGACAAUCGUUAUAUCACGUAAAACCGAUCGCGAGACAAUUGAUCCUCUUGUCGUAACCUACUCAUCCUUAUUGUCGGUGAGAUAAACUCUGAUGUAAAUAAGUGCUGUGUGCAGUGGCGACGACAACUUCAAACGAUUCACAGCUUCAUUUCAUCUGAUAAUUGACGAGCAAACAUGUGGAGAUGACGCCGCAAUGACAUGAUGAAGAGCCUCGUUGGUAUCAUGUGGAUUGUCCUAGUGCUCAUAUCAGGAUGCUCGGGUAAUCCGGAUGCCAAACGCCUCUACGAUGACCUGCUCUCGAAUUACAACAAGCUGGUGCGGCCUGUGGUCAAUGUAUCCGAUGCGCUCACCGUUAAGAUUAAGCUCAAGCUCUCCCAGCUCAUCGAUGUCAAUCUCAAAAAUCAAAUCAUGACAACGAAUUUAUGGGUAGAACAGAGUUGGUACGACUACAAGCUCAAGUGGGACCCAAAGGAAUAUGGCGGCGUCGAGAUGCUUCAUGUCCCGUCGGAUCACAUUUGGCGUCCCGACAUCGUUCUCUAUAACAACGCCGACGGCAACUUUGAGGUGACGCUGGCGACAAAAGCGACGCUCAACUACACCGGCCGCGUGGAGUGGAAACCACCCGCCAUCUACAAGUCCUCCUGCGAGAUCGACGUCGAGUACUUCCCCUUCGACGAACAAACCUGCGUGAUGAAAUUCGGUUCUUGGACUUAUGACGGUUUUCAGGUCGAUCUGCGUCAUGUGGACGAAGUGGAAGGCUCGAAAGUCGUCGACAUCGGCGUCGACUUGACGGAGUUCUACACGUCUGUUGAAUGGGACAUUCUAGAAGUGCCAGCCGUUCGAAAUGAAAAGUUUUACACGUGCUGUGAAGAACCCUAUUUGGACAUCACAUUCAACAUCACCAUGCGUCGCAAGACGCUAUUCUACACAGUGAACCUGAUCAUACCCUGCAUGGGCAUCUCGUUUCUCACCGUACUUGUGUUCUAUUUACCGUCGGACAGUGGCGAAAAGGUAAGCUUAUCAAUCUCCAUCCUGCUGUCCCUCACCGUGUUCUUCCUGCUGCUGGCUGAGAUUAUCCCGCCGACGUCGUUAGUGGUGCCGCUGCUGGGUAAAUUCGUCCUGUUCACGAUGAUACUCGAUACUUUUAGUAUAUGCGUCACUGUGGUGGUGCUCAACGUCCACUUCCGCUCGCCGCAGACGCACGUGAUGGCGCCGUGGGUACGGCGUGUCUUCAUUCACAUCCUGCCCAGGUUGCUCGUCAUGCGGAGGCCGCACUAUCAACUGGAUAGACGAAGCAUGUUGGGAUCGUGUCAAAGAGUCACGGUUCGGACGUGCAACGGUCUUGAUUCGCGUGAUCCGGAUCUGUAUAACGAGGCCGAGGAGCUGCCCGAUGACCCGUGCGGGCUCUUCCCCAGCGCAAAUUCGCGCGACGAGCUCACACCCAGCCCGACUUUCAGAGAGCUGGAGCCAGGAGCGUUAAACGCCUGCCGCAUUCACGGCACCACCCCACCACCCUGUUUAAGUGCGGUGCUGGGGCACGACCUCGGUACCGAGUUGGGCGCUGGGUGCCUGGAGGACACGCUGUGCGCCGAAACCACGCAUUCCUGGCAUCAUUGCCCCGAGGUGCACAAGGCCAUCGAUGGGGUGCGCUUCAUCGCUGAUCAUACGCGACGCGAAGAAGACUCCACAAGGGUUAAAGAAGAUUGGAAAUAUGUUGCGAUGGUGUUGGAUCGUCUAUUUCUGUGGAUAUUCACACUAGCGGUGCUUGUAGGCACUGCAGGCAUUAUUUUGCAAGCGCCUACAUUGUAUGACGAUCGCAUACCCAUCGACGUGCGUCUUUCAGAGAUCGCCUCCACCACGGCCAAACCGCACAUCGCCACUUCAUUAUAAAUAAAUUAGAAUUAAUUACAAUGUUUAACAGUUUACAUCGAAACUAAUAAUGGUUUAUACAUUACAUACAGAAUGCGGCAGCAAAUUUCAGAUUUUCAACUUGUAUUUAAAAUAAAAUUAUAAUUGUAUAUGAUUUUAUUUUGAAUAUUCGUUUGAUGCCAUUGAAUGUUUAUUUUGAGCAAGUUUAAUAUUACAAAAUUAUGUGUUCAUAAUGCACAAUAAUUAAAGCACAACGCUCAUAAUAUAAUUCUACCAACUAAAAAAAGGUUUAAACCUCAGAAAACCUCUAUUCUUUGAUCAACCCUGUAUAAACCAACAGAUUGUUGCGCACACUUUUCAAUUUAUACAUUUCACACAAAUAAUAAAUAAAUAAACACGUAAAGCCAACAAAAUAAUUAAUGAUAAGCGUAGGAAUUGAUAACGUGUAAACCAACAGUUACUAAUUAACGAGAAGAGUAUAUUACGAUAACGAAGAUGCUAAAAACGUAAAAGGAAGCAAACAAUAUUAAGUCACACAUACAAACUAAGUUAAAUAUACUUAUAAAUUUUAAAUGACACAAACGAUAAAUAUUUGUACGAUAUAAAACUAUCUUUUCUAUAAAAAAUGAAAUGAAUUAAACGAAACGAAAUUAAACAUAAACAAAUCAGAGAGAUUAUAUUAGACACACACUGUUAAUAUAUCUUAUAUCUAAUCAAAACAAGAACAAAAAUACAUAGUUUAUUAUUCAUGCGUGUAUUACAAGGAGUAUAAAUCGCAAAGGUUAAUAUAUUCUAUCAAUUUGUUAAAAUUUCAAUAUAAAUUAAUUAUAAUAUACUUUAAGAGUUAAAAAUAUUUUAAACUAGCUGUUGCCCGCGACUACGUUCCGGCAGUGUUUAAUAAAAAUGUAAUUCAUUUUUACUCUCUUGUUCUAGACAUACUCGUAGUAAGAGUCAAUUCUAUCAAUAAGCUUAGCAAUUUUAAUUUAAAGAAAUUAAUUAUAUAAAGUUUUGUCAAUGAUGCACUUCAGCGCGCCAUCUCGAAUUCAACUAUUUAACUAUAACUAUGAUUGAAUCUCAAUGUCAAAUUUUAUUCUAUAGAAAAGAGCUGUUUUGAGGAUUUUCCCGGCAAUUAUUCGAAUUUUUCUCACCUUUUAAACCUUCUCUAGACCUCCACGAAUAAUUCAAGGCCAAGAUUAGAUAAAUCCGUUCAGCCGUUCUCGAGUUUUAGCGAGACUAAGGAACAGCAAUUCAUUUUUAUAUAUAUAGAUUGAAAAUUUUUACCAAUUUUCAUCCCUUAUUUAACACCUUUUAAGUUAUAAUUUUUGAUAUUUUAAUAGUUAUUCUGCUAUUCGAGAUGGAGAAGAAUCUAACAAAUCAUAAAACAUCAAAAUCUGUCCAGCCGUUCUUGAGUUAUAAAUGUUGUAACUAACCCAAGUUGCUUUUAUAUAAGAAAUUUAUUGGUAUAUAGAACUUACAUGCGCCUAAGUGAUUUAUAACUUGUAAUACACGAAUAGGAUACUAUGUUUUAUUCACAACUUGGCAUGGAAACCAAAAUUUGUUAAUUUGUUGUCCAUAACAAUAUAAAUAUGUUGGCUAAUUGAUCAGUUGUAAGUAAAACAUACUAUCUCCAUGAAUUAAAAUAUAAAAAUAUUUAACGAACGUUUCAAAACUGUUUAUGACUCGAUUACUCGAGUCGACAUAUAUAUACAUGUAUACAUGUAUUAUCAAAACACAUAUAAUUUACUUAUAAAGGUCCUCCUCGGCGAAUAUUUGACGAGACCUUAAUGGCGACGACAUUUCUAAAUUUAUGUUAGUUAGUUAUACGAAUACAAUUAGACGACGAAUGAAGUUUAACGAGAAUACUAUAAGAAUUUUAAACACACAAUUAAUACAAAUAAUUAUUGAACUGAAUAUACCUACCAAAGAAAAGUUUUGGAAUUUAGUGUUUGGUUUUAAAAUUGUUGAGUGUUGAUGUCACGUGUUUGUGACACCAUUUUGUAGUGGUUACUUUAAUCUAAACUUGGUUAGAAAUGUUUUAAAGAAUAGAAACUAAUCAUUACAUAUAUUUUGUUUAUGUCCAUUCUGUGACUACGAAUGAAUGUGAAAAAAUUAACUGUUGCUCACGUUUAGGUGUAACAAGAAAAUUAUUACAGUUAGGGUAAAUAAAAGUAACGUAAACGCAUAAAGUACUCCUGGACUUGGAAAACAAAAAAACAAGCGAUAUUAUUGUCUUUGUUUGUUGUUUGUACAUGUUUCUCAAGUCAGAUUGCACUCCCUGCGCGUAUUUAAAUGAUAAAUAAAAGAAAAUUAAAUGUAAAUAAUAUAUAAGAUAUUAUAUACCUAAAAUAUUUAUAUAAAAAGCCAUAAUUAUAUUCAUAAUAUAUUAUAUAACGAAGAAACACGUUUGAAAUGUUUAUAAUUUUAAUAUUAGAACGAAAAGACGUUGAGCACGCAUUAUAAAUGAAAAUAAAACUAACAACAAUUAACAUGACGAAGACCAAGUAAUAAUUAAUUUUAAUAAUGUACUUAUUGUAUUCUCAAAGAAAACAAAUUCGACUAGCGUCUAGAUCGAUAGACACGAGUCGUGUGUUAUAUGUACAUGACAUCUCUAAAUGUUUAAAUUCAAAACCAACUUACCGAAUCAUUAGAUUUGUGAUAUAGCGCUGGUGUGUAAUAAUUAUGAUUAUUAUUGCUAACGUUGAUUGUUCCAGAUAAUUGAUUGUCGUUUUACUCUGUAUAUGACAUGCAUAUCGAUAGAUGUGUUUGGUUGAUUAAAGAUGAAGUUAAUUUUGAAGAAAUAUGUACAUUUAGUUGAUUAUAAUAUUGUGUAAAACGUUUGAAUAAAUGAAUUUAUUUACAAGAUAA